CUGAAUGUAAUUUCACAGACAACGCGUAUUUUUCGACGGAACGACUUUGAUGUAACUACGAUAGUGACGGGUUUUUUUUAUUUGAAAGCAUAUACGGUUCAUCUUCGGUCAGAUGUGGAACGUCGUAUAACGGAAGACGGUUGUUAGCUAGCUAUCACGGCUAAGCGUUUGCUGAUGAGCUAGAUUUGGGUAUCUGUUUUCGUAUCGGACCAUCUUGGAUAGGUUUAAAAGCUGAAAAAUGGUGAGACAACACUCAGGAUCUCCUCGUUCCAAACACAGGCCAUUCUCGGACAACUACAGCAGCAUGAAUCAUGAAGGGCGAUUUGGCCCCCCUUCAAGAAGCCAGAGAGGUUUUAGAGGACCUCCUGGAAAAGCCCCUCCAAGUUGGAGAGAUAACAACAGCAGUGGACCCCAGCCAUACCCCAAGAGGCCCUCGCUCAUGGGUGAACGCAGAGAACGGCCACAUGGACCGUGGAUGCAGCACCAGGAUAACUUCCAUCCGUAUCCCAGCUCACAGGAUUCACAGCGGGGCCGCAGGAGGCCUUCUCCGCCUCGCUCAAGCCGCCCUCCCCCAGUCCAGCACAGGCAGUCCCCACAUGGUCCUAUACAUGGACCGCCUAGCCACAGAGCACCACUUUUCCACGAAAACCACCUUAGCCACACAUCUCCAUCUCGCCAUUUCCACGGCCCUCCAUCAGACAGGCGGAUUCCUUUCCCACAUAGUUCCUUCAGAGGUCCACAGCGACGCCCAAGCCCUCAGGAGCAUGACAGAAGCUGGUGCCCCUCUCCUCGGGAGAGGCCCAGGCCCUUUGGCCGACCAGCACUUGGCAGGCACCACUGGAAUGGCCCAGGAGGUUACCCUCACCCCCCCGGUGGGGAUUUGAGGCUUUCCGGCCCACCCCAAAGAAAACCCAGAGAGUUUCAUGGAAGGAGUUCAUAUCCAGAGAGGUGGUCUGCAGAGAGAGAUCAUCGUGCGCCGCAUGGAGAGCUUGGAAGGGAGUCCCGGCGCCCCAGCAUGGAAUGGGCACAUAGAGGAGGGGGAAGUUCACAUACUCGGCCCCCUUACAGAUCGCCGGCACGAAGACCAGGCCCACCCCCAUCUGGAUCAUCGCUCAGACCGUAUCCUCCUUUUCGUCUUCAGGAAAGGCCCUUUGGAUGGCCAAUGAAGAGGAAGAGUCAAGAAUUCAGACGGCCACCGUCAUCAAGCGCUUUGGAGCAUGGGCCACCAAAGCGCUUCCGCAGGGAAUUGUCAGUGAGACCUCUUCCUCUCAGGGGCUUCCGAGGUCGUGGUUUGUCCCUCCAAGAUAAGAGUCGAUUGAUAAAAGCACGGAAGUUUAGAGCGGAGUCAGUGGCCCGGUUCAAACUGCCUCCACCGAGGCCAAGAAUCUCGGAGAGAGUCCAGAAGCCCAAGCCUCAGACUGCACCAAAGAAUGCCAAAGAUUCCCCAGGAGUCCCACCACGCAAGUUAUCACUCAAAAAGAUGCCAUCAUCCAGAGAGUCGUCCCCCAACACAGACUCCAAGACUGCAGAGCCUGAGAGGGACUCCGAAACAAAGGUGGAAUCCCGUCGCUCUGUGAGCGCACACAGCUCUUCACCAAUAGACCGACGACUUUCACGUGAUCUUGUUGUGGUUUCCCAUUGGGAGGCGGGGCACAAACCCAGCACUAGCCCUAAGCACAAUACACCCUGGAGGAAUAAGGCACCCAAGAGCAAAUCUGAGGAAUCAGAAUCUCAUGGAAAUUUAACACUGAAUGAACGCUUCACCAAGCUACAAAGUCCUAUUAGAUCUUCACAGGAACAGAAAGAAAGACGGUCUUCUGCAAGUCCAGAAAAAACCCUGAGGAAGCCUGGAUCAUUUCAGAGGCCUAAUUUCCAGCCAACUGCUGGAGUGAAGAGGGGAUCAGCCCCUGAUGGAGUUACUAGGAAACCAUUGAUGGGCACUUUAAUUCCAAGACCACCCUUCAAUCAGAAGCCUGUCUUCAAGAAGAGUCAAAGUAUCAUGUCAAAGUACAAGAACCUGCAAACAUUGCGGCAUAAAGUGCCUCAUCAGCGUCAAGCCACUAGCUAUCGCCGGUGGUAGCCCAAAAUGAUUGCGUAUGCUGAAGCAAGUCGUCCACUGUAGAGCCUUUCUAUGGAGCUCCUUUACUCCCUCGCCUUCUCUUACCUCCUGUUGUACAACAGUUUGAACUAAUCUCUUUAAAAAAAAAAAAAAAAAACGCAAAUAUCACCAAAGUAUUAUUUUUCUUCUAUAGUAUUUUUUUUUUUCCCCCCUUUGGUGUGCUUUAGAGAUAAAGUCUCGAAUUCUGUGCUCUGCGCUUUUUGAGAUUAGCGUUACAUUUUUGUAUAUACAUUUAACCUGUACAAAAGCUCUCUUGUUUGCCAUAAUUUUGAAAAUAUGAUUUUUAGCUUUGGUUAGAAUUAUUUUUCGACAUGUGGUUGUUUAUACAUCAGUGUCUGAAUAGCUUUUUUUGAAAGUGACUGUUAAAAGACUCGUAUCAUGUGAAACGAUCCUUGUAGAAUGCUGUAUGAUGACUAGCUUUCAUUUGAUGAAACGAACUGAGUUUGGUUGAGCUCCAUGUGUUGAUAAAUGGCUUCCCUGAAAAGUUUUGUUUGUGUAGCUCAGAAAACACGUAUGUACAUUCUUUGUAAUCAGACACUUUGAAUAAAACUGGAAUUGUCAGAUGCC